AUGAAGUUAGAAGGUAACGGGGAGGAGAUUGUGCAGGGUUUUGUACCACUUCAAGCUUAUUGUGAGGCUGAUGUGGAGCCAGGCAACGCUUUUAAGGAGGUGAAUAGCACCUCCUUAAAUGCACACCUCAGCUAUGUUAGACCUAGACCUCCCUCAGUGCUAAAGCCAAACUCCACUGCUGUGACUGAGUUCCUUUUUGAAGGUUUCCCGAGCUUUGGGUGACAGCACAGGCUUGGUUUCUUUGUUGUCUUUCUAACUUUGUACCUGCUGACUCUCUUUGGCAAUGUCAUUAUUGUGACUGUUAUUCACCUGGACCAUCCCCUCUAUACUCCUAUGUACUUUUUCCUGAGCAUGCUGUCCAUCUCUGAGACCUGCUACACUGUGGCCAUCAUUCCCUGUAUGCUUUCUAGACUCCUGAGUCCUCAUCAGCCCAUUUCUAUCCAAGGCUGUGCCACUCAGCUCUUCUUCUGUCUCAUGUUUAGUAUCAAUAACUGCUUCCUGCUCACAUCCAUGGGGUAUGAUUGCUAUGUGGACAUCUGCAACCCACUAUAGUAUUCAGUCACCAUGGGUAAAGAAUCCUGUAUCCAGUUGGCAUCUGGGUCCCUGGGAAUUGGCCUGGGUAUGGCCAUUGUACAGGUAACAUCUGUUUUUGGCCUGCCCUUCUGUGAUGGCCUUGUCAUCUCUCACUUCUUCUGUGACAUCAGACCCCUGCUGAAGCUGGUCUGCACAGACACCACUGUCAACAAGAUCAUCAACUUUGUUGUCCGUGUUUUUGUCCUUGUUCUACCCAUGGGCCUGGUCUUCAUCUCCUGUGUCCUUAUCAUCUCCACCAUCCUCAAGAUUGCUUCAGCUGAGGGUCAGAAGAAGGCCUUUGCCACCUGUGCCUCCCACCUCACAGUGGUCAUCAUCCACUGUGGCUGUGCCUCCAUCAUUUACCUGAAGCCUAAGUCCCAGAGUUUCCUGGGGCAGGACAGACUCAUCUCAGUGACGUACACUGUCAUCACUCCUCUGCUGAACCCCAUCGUGUACAGCCUGAGGAACAAGGAGUUCAAAGAUGCUCUGUGCAGAGCCAGGGGCAAAAGCCCCUCUCCUUUCAGUGAGGAGGUCGUUGAAGGCCUUGUCUUUCAUUUUGUAAAUAUGUAUUAA